AUGGGCCUGCUGCUCCUGGGCCGGCUGCUCUUGCUCCCCUGCCUCUCCAGCCUGCCCUUCUACAACGGCUUCUACUACUCCAACCAUCCCCACGGCCCGAACCCGGGCUGUGGUGAAGGCAAGGGCCUCUUCAGCAGAGUGAAGCUGGUGGUGGAGACCCCCAAGGACACCCUGUUUUUCCACCCAGGGGCCAACGUGACCCCGCCCCGCUGGUACCACUACGAGGCGGCCCUGGUCUCCCCGCGGCCCAGGUGCAUCAAAUGGCGGAAUCUGUCAGAGAACGGGGCCCUGGAGCAGGACGUGCUGGGGGACUCCUUCAGCGACUCCCGUGGCCACGUGCACCUGAGGCUGAUUGAGGAGCACCAAGCAUCGCUGGAGAUCGGGGACCUGCAGCUGGAGGACAAUGAGCGCUACUGCUCUGAGGUCAUCGACGGGCUGGAGGACGAGAGGGGCCUGGUGGAGCUGGAGCUGCGGGGUGUGGUAUUUCCCUACCAGCCCCGCCAGGGGCGCUACCAGCUCAGCUUCCACGAGGCCCAGCGGGCCUUCGAGGCCCAGGGCGCCGCAGUGGCCUCCUUGGAGCAGCCGUUCCAGGCCUGGGAGGAGGGACUGGACUGAUGCAACGCGGGCUGGCUUCAGGAUGCCGUGCAGUACCCCAUCACGCUGGUCCGGCGCCCCUGAGGCUGCCCGGGUCUGGCUCCCAGCGUGCGCAGCUACGGCGGGCGGCGCCACCACCGUCUGCACCUCUACGUUGUGUUCUGCUUCGCUGCCGUCCUCAAGCGUGAGUGCACUCACUACCUGGAGCAUCCAGAGAGGCUGGCCUUUCUGGAGGUGCAGGAAGCCUGCUGGCAGGACGGCACCCGGAUCGCCAAGGUGGGCCAGCUCUUCGCCGCCUGGAAGUUCCGUGGCCUGGACCGCUGCGAUGCGGGCUGGCUGGCCCACGGCAGUGUCUGCUACCCCGUGGUCCCCCCACGCCACUGCGGGCCGCUGGAGUCUGGCAUCUGCAGCUUGGGCUUCCCAGACCCUCAGAGCUGCAAGUAUGGUGUCUACUGUCACUGUGCUCGUUAG